AUGCGCGUCUCCGUCCCGGGCAUCCCCCAAGCUAUCCUCGCAGCCGCAGGCAGCUCACCCGCCCCCUCCCUCCCCGCCGCCAUCGAGCGCAUAUCCACGUUUCUCGCUCCUGGGAAUGCAACAGUCAUAACAGGCGCAGGCGUCAGCGUCGACUCCGGGAUCAGGGCGUAUAGAGGCAAGGAUGGGCGGUACACGAACCCGAACUACAAGCCGAUUUUCUACCAUGAACUCAUAGACGAGACCCCGCGGGGGUACGCGUUCCGGCAGAGAUACUGGCUACGCUCGUAUCUGGGCUAUCCUCCGGUCCGCGACGCCCUCCCGAACACGACGCACUACGCCCUCGCCGCCCUGCAGUAUGCCGGCCUCGUACCGCGGUUGAUCACACAGAAUGUAGACGGGCUGCACCACAAGGCGCUCCGGGGCGUCUGGGAUGAGGCACGCUUGCGGGAGCGGAUCCUCGAGCUACACGGGACGCUGCAUAAAGUCCACUGCAAUCACGGGCACACAGUCGACCGCGAGACGUUCCAGGACUGGCUGUCCGCGGCGAACCCGCAGUGGAAAGCGUACGCGGACGACCUCGAGCGGACGGGGCGGCAGCCACGGACUAACCCGGACGGCGACGUCGUCUUGGAGGGCGUGGAGUACGAAACCUUCGUGGUGCCCCACUGCCCGUCUUGCAUGCUGGAAGGGCGGCGGAACUCCGUGCUCAAGCCAGAGGUGAUCUUCUUCGGCGAGUCUAUCCGCCAGCAAGUACGCGAAAGAUCGUUUGAGGACGUCGAGAAAGGCGACAGGUUGUUCGUCGUCGGGACCACCCUAGCCACCUACUCCGCGUUCAGACUACUCAAACACGCGCUUCAGCUGAAGAAGCCCGUGCUGAUGCUCAACGUCGGCCCCACCCGCGCGGAUAGCAUAGCAGAGUUGGACAAGAUAGACCUCCCUACGAGUGCCGUCCUUCGGGAAGUGGUCAAGGCCCUCGUAGGUGUACGAGCAGUCGAAGAUCCUGUAAUCCGAGAGAUGCUUGCCAGUGGGAUCACCCGACCUCCUCUUGAUGACGACGGGGAGGACGUUACCGGCCCUGGAGCAGCGGGCUAGCCUGCAUGUAUCGUACCCCUGUCAUCCUACGUUCUCGCUGACUCUCCGCGAUUCGCG